UGGCUCAGGCCCGGCCCGGCCAUCCGGUCCGGCCACGCCCUCGCAGCGGCCAUGCCGGCGGGCGCCGGGAGGGGGCCAGAGAGCUUGCCGCGCUUCUACCGCGACGCUCUGGUAAACAGGCCGCGUGAGUAUUACGACUACGAGAUCCACUCGGUCAACUGGGGUCACCAGGACGACUAUGAGGUAAUCCGAAAAGUCGGCCGUGGGAAGUACAGCGAGGUCUUCGAGGGGAUCCACGCUCCCAGUGGCGACCGAUGCGUCAUAAAGAUCCUGAAGCCCGUGAUGAAGAAGAAGAUCAAGCGCGAGAUUAGGAUCCUGCAGAACCUCUGCCAGUGCCCCAACAUAGUCAAGCUCCUUGACGUGGUGCGCGACCCGAGCUCGAAAACCCCAAGCCUGAUCUUCGAGUACAUCAACAACACGGACUUCAAGACGCUCUACCCCACGCUGACGGACUUCGACAUCCGGUUCUACAUACACGAGAUCCUCAAGGC